AUGAUUUCUAAAAAUCCAGCAGAUGUUGUCCCUGGCGCUAACCUGAUCCUGAUCACGGUACCUGCGUUUUCCCAUGAAAAAUAUCUGAAAGCCAUAGAACCUUACAUAUGCAGCCCAACAACCAUUGUAGGCCUUCCUGGUCAACCAGGAUUUGAAUUUCAGUCUCGUGACAUUUUUAAGGCAAAGUCCCAAUUUGUCAGCGUGUUGUCUGCGACAACCCUUCCCUGGGCUUGUAGGAUAGUUGAAUAUGGACGAAAGGUUAAAAUCAAUGGGAUAAAGAAAUCCGUAGAUAUAGCAAUCAUUAAAGAUACCUCCAGGGGUACCAUCAACCCUCUGCUACACUUGCAGUCCGUGUUGGGAAGUCCUCCUGCUCUAAACAAAAUCAACCACUUCCUGGAACUAAGCCUCAUGUUCGCCUCGAUCCAUCCAGGCCUGAUGUAUGGUCGCUGGAAACACUGGGACGGCAUUCCCUUAUCAGAGGAACCGCUUUUCUAUCAAGGAACUGACGACUUUCAAGCAAAAUGUGUAACUGACCUGGAUAAUGAAGUCCAGCUCAUUGCAAAAGAAAUUUCAAAACGGAUUGGUAUUCACUUUCAAGGAUGCUUAUCAAUGUACGAGUGGCUCAUUGAAAGCUAUGGAUGUGAAAUAUCAAACCCAUCCAGCUUAAAGACCGUCCUUGUGACCAACAAGACCUACGAAGGAAUGGUUCACCCAAUGAAGGAAGUCAAAGGGGGAUAUGUGCCAGAUUUUCAACAUCGUUAUUUGUCUGAAGAUGUUCCUUUCGGGCUUGUUGUUGUGAAAGGUAUGGCAAAGAUCGUUGGUUUGAAGACACCGGUGAUUGAUGAGGUAAUCAGAUGGGGACAGCAGAAGCUUGGCAAAGUGUACAUUGAAGGAACUGAGCUGACUGGAGAACAUCUCUGUGAGACCAGAGCACCGCAGGUGUAUGGAAUUAAGACGCUUAAAGAUCUCCAUACAAUGAUGAUAUAA